UUUCUGUAACGGAUCAUGUGACUAUCAAAAUGGAGAAGUGGAAUACAAGUGCAUUUUUGUGCACUUUAAUUUUUGCAUUAACAUCUAUCUGCAACUCUUUACAAACCUACCCAACCGUCCAAAGUAUUGGUCAACCAUGGCCUUUACCUCGAAUGUAUUCACCAACUUCGACCGUUCUUCAGAUUGAUGCAAUCAAUUUUAAUUUUGUUAGCGUCGGUGAAGUUGAUUGUGAAAUUUUGAGGAAUGCAUAUAAAAGAUAUUACUCCUUGACAUUUGGUGGCUAUAAGAAACUUGGACUGAGCAAGUCAUUAAAGUUUUCUUCGGAUACUAAAUUAAAACAAGUCGUCAAUGUGCUUGAAGUGGCUGUUGAAACGCCUUGCAGUGGUACAAUCUAUCCUAAUCUGCAAUCUGAUGAAUCUUAUACUCUGAUUGUUUCUCCUGGCUCGUCUCGCAUUGAAUCUAAAGAAGUAUGGGGAGCACUGAGAGGUCUAGAAACUUUCAGCCAGCUUGUUUAUCGAUUGGACACUGGAGCUUUUGCUGUAAACCAGUCUCUUGUAAUAGAUUCCCCAAGGUUUCGUCACAGAGGACUUCUUCUAGACACAUCCAGACACUUCAUUUCUAAGCAUUACAUUUUUCGAACUCUGGAUGCUAUGGCUCAAAACAAGUUAAACGUAUUUCAUUGGCACAUAGUGGAUGACCCAUCAUUUCCUUAUGUCAGCCAGUCUUUUCCAAAUCUUAGUUUAAAGGGAGCCUACAAUCCCAACACUCAUGUUUACACGCCAAAAGAUGUUUCAGAUGUUAUUGAAUAUGCAAGAAUCUUAGGUAUUCGAGUUCUUGUUGAAUUUGAUUCACCUGGACACACUGAAUCCUGGGGUAAAGGUCAAGAUAACCUGCUAACAGAAUGCUACUCAAAAGGCAAGUUUAAUGGAAAUUAUGGACCAAUCAACCCAGCUCUGGAAUCAUCCUUUACAUUCCUGUCAGCUUUCUUUAAGGAGAUCAAUCAGACAUUUAAAGAUCACUACAUUCAUUUGGGUGGAGAUGAAGUCAGCUUUGAUUGCUGGAGCACCAACCCAGUCAUUCAGAAGUUUAUGCAAAGCAUAAAUAUUACAACAUAUGCUCAAUUGGAGGAGUAUUAUAUGCAAAGACUUCUAGACAUUGUUGGUGGCCUCCAGAAGGGUUACAUUAUUUGGCAGGAAGUGAUUGAUAAUGGGGUCAAGGUACGUGAUGACACUGUAGUACAUGUCUGGAAAGAUGGCUGGCAAGAUGAAAUGAGCAAAGUCACAAAACUAGGUUAUCAGACAUUGUUGUCAUCUUGUUGGUACCUUAACUUGAUUCAGUAUGGCAGUGAUUGGGUCGACUACUAUAACUGCGAGCCACUCAAAUUUAAUGGUACUGAUGAGCAGAAGUCUCUAGUAGUUGGAGGUGAAGCCUGUAUGUGGGGAGAAUACGUAGAUAAUACUGUUGUACUGUCUAGAACCUGGCCAAGGACUUCAGUUGUUGCAGAAAGACUUUGGAGUCCAGCUGAAGUGAAUGUAUUUCAAGCAGCUCUACCUCGGCUGUCAGAACACAGAUGUAGAAUGAUAAGGCGAGGUUUCCCUGCUGAAGAAAUCAACGGACCUGGAUUUUGUGAAACAGAGUAUAAUGACUACUAACAAACUUGGAGUUUAAGCUGUAGUGAUGCCAACUUCAAUCAAUGUAUCAUGUCCUAUUGUUGUGCGACUGUACAAUAACAAGAGUAAUAACACAAUCAUGACAGUAGAACAUCAACACAAGAUUAGUCUCAAAACCUUCAUCAAACCAGUACCUGAUUGGAAUGUACAAUGUUUUUUCUAAAAUAAUUUAAAAUAUCGUAACUCUUCCAAUGUCUGUAAUGUUCCAUGUAACUUGUGAUAAAUCAUAGUUUUGAUGUAACAAAUCACAAUGUUUCAUGUAUUUUUUUUUUAUGUUGAAUAUUUCUUUUGUCACAAGUAAAUUAAAUUGUAAAAAUAUUGUUUUCAAAAAUAGUAUUAUAGAUUAUAGCUUUUGUUCAUUUUUCAUAAAAUACAUUAACAAAACUAAACACUUAAAAAAUGUCAUCUUAAUUCUAAAACAUAUAGCUUUUUUCUUCCCUCCCACUGCCAGAGUGUAAUUGAGCCUGACCUAAUGACAUACACUAUAUUCUGAGAGUAUUGUCACAUAGUUUUAUUCAUGACCAAAUGAUCUUGAAAUACAAUUUUUACAUUAGAUGUGAUGAAAUAUUUUGUAAAUAUUGUUUUUUUUUUUGUUUUCACUUACUCUUAACAAAUAUUUGCCCUAACAUUCCAUAAUUAGACAAAAAAAAUCAAAAUUUUAGUGAUCAUAUUUCAUUUAUUAUUAAAUUGGAAUUUUUGUAAAUAAAUGUAAUGAUCACAAACUUAAUGUCUUUUAGUUUAUUUCAAGCUACAUCUCACUAGCUGUUUUUUUUUAAACUUACAAAUUUCUAUCUUUUGUGGAGUUGUACAAAAUUAAAAUAUUCUGAAAUUACAUCAUUACAAUAAAAUUUAAAAAAAAAAUUGUA